AUGGUGCUGGCCGCAGCCAUGAGCCAGGAGCCGGAGACCAGCGGCCGCGAGCAACCCGACAGAGAUGCCCGCACCCUGGCCGCCGCCGCAACUGCCGCCCCCCCAGGACUCCUGGGACCCCCUGGCCACCGAGGAAUGCAGCAACCGCUGCUGCCGCCACCUCUGCCACCGCCACCGCCGGCGCCUCAGGCCGCCUUGCCUCAGAUUCUCCAAAAUGCUGCCAAGCUUCUGGACAAGAACCCAUUUUCUGUCAGUAAUCCAGGUCCUCUGCUUCCAUCUCCCGCAAGUCUUCAAUUGGCCCAACUGCAAGCCCAGCUGACCCUCCACCGGCUGAAAUUGGCACAGUCAGCGGUCACCAGCAACACCGCAGCUGCCACAGUUUUGAACCAAGUCCUCUCCAAAGUGGCUAUGUCUCAGCCCCUCUUCAACCAACUGAGACAUCCAUCUGUGAUCACCACCCCACAUGGACAUGCUGGGGCACCCCAGCACCCAGCAGUAAUGCCCAAUGCUAGGUUUUCAUCUAGGGGGAUCACAUUUUCACCUCCUAAUCAAGGACAGGGACUGGGACCCUCCAUGAACCUGCCCAAUCAAGCUACCAAUGCCAUGGUGAUGCAUCCUUUUACUGGAGUCAUAUCUCAGACUUCUACUCAACCAGCAGUUGUCUUGGGCAUCAGCAAAACUGGCCCUGUUCCCGCUGUGGCAGGGUUCUACGAGUAUGGUAAAAGUACUGGUACUCAGGGCUAUGGUUCAGAUGCUGAAACGCAGUCGAGCUUCCUGCCAACAUCGGGUGCUCCCUCCGUUGGGGUAACCUAUGAGGGUCAUUGUAGUCAUCCAGGGCAUCCAAAGCAAGAUGGCCAAUCCACCUUCCCCAAGGACUUUUAUGGGCCCAAUUCCCAAGGGCAACACAUGACUGGAGGACAGUCCCUGGGAUUCCCAGGAGAACAGCACAUGAAUACAUCUUCCACGGGUGGUUCUAAAGGAGAAGUCGAUCCCUUGCUCCAUGGCACGGCAUCAAAUAACCAGUGGGAAUGGCCACCACUUAGCCAGUCCUAUGAGCUCUAUGACCCAGAAGAACCCACACCAGACACCAAGUUUGGGCCUUCGACCCCAACUCCCUUCAACAAGAAGCAGAGUUUCAGCAGCACCCAGAGGCGAGGGAAGGAGGAAUCCGUGCUGCCGGUGAGGCCCCUCCAGGCUCACGAGCUGAAUGACUUUCAUGGUAUUACACCUCUCCACCUGCCACACAUUUGCACCAUCUGUGAUAAAAAAGUCUUUGAUCUAAAGGACUGGGAGCAGCAUGUCAAAGGGAAAAUGCACACUCAGAAAUGCAUGACCUUCUCUGAAAGUGCGGGCAUUCGAUGUGUUGUUGGCUCAGCAGAGGGAGCACUGUGCACCUCACCAAAUAGCACAGCUGUUUUUAAUACACCCGGGACUGAAGAUUUUGCCUCAAAUAUUGGAUCGUCAUUUGCUGUGGUUCCAACAAGGUCCUUUGCUCAGUCAAAUCCCACUUUCUCUCCCACUGCUUCCGGGACAAAUUUUUCACAGCGGAAAGCCACUGCUGGUCGAGUGGUUCACAUCUGCAAUCUCCCUGAAGGAAGCUGCACUGAGAAUGAUGUCAUUAACUUGGGACUACCCUUUGGAAAAGUAACCAAUUAUAUUCUCAUGAAGUCCACCAAUCAGGCCUUUCUGGAAAUGGCUUAUACUGAAGCUGCCCAGGCAAUGGUACAGUAUUACCAAGAGAAAUCUGCUGUGAUUAACGGUGAGAAAUUGCUCAUUCGGAUGUCCAAGAGAUACAAAGAACUGCAACUGAAGAAACCUGGGAAGAAUGUUGCUGCCAUCAUCCAGGACAUCCACUCUCAGAGGGAGCGAGACUUGUUCCGGGAAGCUGAUAGAUAUGGCCCCGAGAGACCUAGGUCUCGCAGUCCAGUGAGCCGCUCCCUCUCCCCGAGAUCCCAUACCACCAGCUUCACCUCCUGUAGCUCUUCCCACAGCCCCCUCUGUCCUUCCCGGGCAGACUGGGGCAAUGGUAGGGAGUCCUGGGAUCAAUCUCCCUACGCCAGGAGAGAGGAAGAGAGGGAUCUGACUCACUGGAGGGAAAACGGAGAUGACAAGAGGGACAGGACGGACACUUGGGUUCACGAUCGGAAACAUUACCCGCGGCAACUGGACAAAAUUGACUUAGAUAGCCGGAUUGAAGGAAUGAGGGGACACAGAGACAAGUACGUCCGGCCCGCUUCCCCUAGCGCCCUCCACUCUUCAUCUGGUUACAAAGGCCGAGAGGAUGGCUAUUACCGCAAGGAUCCCAAGCUCAAACCCGACCGAUAUCUCAAGCAGCAACAGGACAGUCCUGUAAAGUCCAAAAAAAAGGAAGAGACUAGAUUAAGAGAAAGACACCCCUACGGUGAGGAUUCCGGAAAGGAAGACCUUUUGGAGCCCAAGGACAAUAGGACUUCAGAGAAUGCCAAGGUGAAGCAGAGCGAGAAAAACAAAGCCACAAAGGCUGACAGAAGUCAAGAGGAAGAUGCUGACACAGAAGAGAACAAAGCAGCAGAAACUGAGCUUGGGAAAGAAGAAGAAGAAGCUUUGGAGGAGAGCUCCCAAUUUAUGAAAAUAGAAGAUUCUGAUACAGCAAAUGAAAGGAAAGAGAAGGAACAAGAUUGGGAAAGUGGAAGCGAGGUGGAGGGGGAGAACUGGUACCCUACCAACAUGGAAGAACUUGUUACAGUGGACGAGGUCGGAGAAGAGGAGGACUUUAUCAUGGAGCCAGAUAUCACAGAACUGGAGGAAAUUGUGCCAGUUGGGCAGAAGGACAAAACCUGUCCUGAAAUAUUCCCCUGUGGGAUGACCCCUUUAGACCUGAACACUGAUCAUGGGGAAUUAGCCAAGGAGGCAGGUGAAUCUAUUGCUGGCGGAGCUGCUGAAAUCAGAUUGGAGACAGACAGAGAAAGUGCUAUCUCCAAGAGCCAUUCUGACGAAAUAGGGCUAGAAGAGCAGACGUGUAUAAAUCUAAACACUGAGAAGAAGCCAGCUGAGUCUGAGGAAGACAACUUUCCUAAAGAUCCAAAUUGCCACAAGAAGGAAGAAAAGGCAACUGAAAACUCAGAUGUUCCUCUAGUCCCCACAUCCCAGAAAAUGUCUUCCCAAGAGCCAGCAGAGGAGGGGGGUGCAGAGUCUGGUCUUUUCCUAGAUGAUUAUAAGCUGAUGGGAUCCCCUAAAAAUGGGACCCAAGAAGGCAGCAAAGCUGAAGAGAAGCCCAGCUCCCACAAAGAGACCAGCAACCAAAGCCAGGCUUGCCAAGAAAUGUCGACUGAGGAAAACUCCCGAUUCACAGAAAUCCAGUCCCUGGAGAUGAGCUCAUUGUCCUAUAGUGAGAUGGAGAUGAAACAACCCCAUCCGUUGCCUUCCUGGGAACCAGAGGAUGUGUUCAACGAACUUAGCAUUCCUCUUGGAGUGGAGUUUGUGGUGCCCAGGACUGGGUUUUAUUGCAAGUUGUGUGGGCUUUUCUACACUAGUGAGGAGACAGCAAAGACAAGCCACUGUCGCAGUUCUAUCCACUACAGAAACCUGCAGAAGUAUUUGUCCCAGCUGGCGGAGGAAGGUCUAAAGAGCAAGGAGCAGGGCAGCAGCCCGAAGCCAGACGACUGCAGCAUCGGAAUAGUACCCCACUUUGAGAGAAAAAAACUCUGACCCUGUAGAAAGAAGAGGAGUCGAAAUGAGGGAUUGAUUGCCAGUGGUACCUUGCAGAUCUCUAAGGCGACGCUGCUGCAUCUUCUCCUUCAAGAUAAGGAAGGAAAAAAACAGAGCAAAGGGCAUAUUGUUGGGGUCUGCAACUGGAGUACCAGAAGAAAGGCUCCCCAAACUGCUCCCACAACAAAGCAGUCCUGGCACGACCUAUAGGCAGAGCUGCAUGUCCUCUCUGUAUGUGUGUGUGCGUGUUUCUCUCUCAAACCCCUUUUCAAACUCUCGCCUGACUCUCCUUGAAUUCCGUGCCCCCGUCCUUUUCCUUUUCAUAUAAUCUGACUCCUCAGGGAUUUUUAACAAGGUUUA